UCGCAGUGCAUCAGUCGUGUUCGCCAUGUGACCAGUGGAUAGUGGGCUCAGUGCCAGCCAGUGACCAUCAGUGACCAUCAUGUUCGGGCUAAUCAUCAGGAUAGUUACCAAAAAGACCCUGGUCAUCUUCAGAUACUUUGGUCGUCCAAAGAGUUUCCUAGUACUGCUGCCUAUAGUGUGGGCGCUAGUGGCGUUCGGGCCCGCCAUCUGGUGGCUGGCGGUGGAAACUAGUAGACACCUUCUGCUGCCAUCCCCGCCCACUCAGUCACUGGAGCACUAUCGAAGAAAUAGAAGCUUGCACUAUUACUUGGAUGAUAUCCAGACCUUAAUUGAACCAUCAUUGCUUCCCUGCACAACCCCAGAUGAGAUGGUGGUGUUGGUGCUGGUGGCCAGCGCCCCCCUCCGCUUCGACCACCGGCAGGCUAUCCGCAAGACCUGGGGUGCACAUCUACCUACGUACUUCGUGCUCGGUCUGCAAGGAGACAAUAUUGAUGAGCAGCUGGUAGAUAACUACGUAGAAGGAAAGCAGUAUAGCGACCUGAUAGUCUUCGACUUCCAUGACCACUACCAGAAUCUGACGCUGAAGACCGCGCUUAUGAUGAAGUGGACCCUGCACCGUUGUCCUCAAGCUCAGUUCCUAUUCAAGACUGACGAUGACGUCCUGGUGAAUCCCUGGACACUUCGUAAAGUCUUGAACGAGAAUGAAGAUACACUACUACUGGGCUACAACAAACGGGACUCGUACCUGCACCGCGACGAGUACAAGAAGUGGUACACUCCUCGCUGGAUGCUGCGGGAGGACUACGUGUCGCAGUACCUCAGCGGCACUGGAUACCUCAUUAGUGGGGACUUCAUAUCAAAACUAUUGAAAAACGCCUACGAGGUGCCGAUGGUGAACUUGGAGGAUGUUUACUUCACCUACCUGGUGGCAUAUCGGCGUUUAGGCUUGAAGCUGGCCCACGAGCGCCGGCUGAGCCCCUACAAACCCUGGCUAAAGGCCUCCUGUCUAUACUGGGACCUGGCUUCCGUGCACAGCAUGGAACCAGACGAGAUGGUUACCGCGUGGAUCAAAAUAGAACAAUACGGAAAGUUGGACAAUCACAGUGAUGUUUGUUGGUUUUAUAACACGUACUUAAGGGACUUCAGUGAAUUGGCGUUGUAUUAAUAUUGUAGCGUUUUAUUAUAAUUCGGAUGGUGAAUAAUUGUGAUCAUAGCGAUUGGAAAUAUUCUCAGAAAAAAUCAAUUUGAAAACUGUUGAAGACCGGUUCGGUGAAGCGAAAAGAAGCAGCAUACUAAAUAUUUUUUUAUUUAUUAACAUUGUUAAAUUGUUCUAAACGUUUGUGCGAGAUUCUGUGUUUGAACAAAUAGCGCUGAAUAAGGCUGAUUUGUUAUAAAUUAAGGUUUUUAAUGUUAUUUAUUAAGUACCUAAAGUAUUCUAAAGUGAAGUAGUCUAUUUUUCGUUA